AUGCCCAACACCCCUACUAUCAUAAUCGUGCCUGGCUCGUGGCAUUGCCCAAAACAUUACAAGUACCUCAUCGAUGGACUGGCAAAGUUCAACUACGAAGCUGUCGGUGUCACAUUACCGUCUGUUAAUUCAAGCCCUCCUCAUGCCAGUUGGGAUCAAGAUGCCCAAGCUGUCCGUGAGGUUAUCAUGAAGAGCCUUGAUAGUGGCAAUGAUGUCAUUGUGAUCGCUCACUCGUUUGGUGGCGUUGCCAUGUCCGAGGCCGUGAAAGGGUUGGGCAAGAAAGCGCGCGAGGAACAAGGGUUAAAGGGCGGCGUUGUGCGACUGAUCUACAUGUGUGCCAUGGCGUUGCCUGAGGGCCAGACUCAUGUCGGUCAGAUCCAGCCCCAGACACCCGAGGAGGAGGAGCUGGAGCGGCAACGCCAGGAGUUACAGGCAAAAUACGGAGGCAUGCGUUUCACAGAGGAUGGAGCUAUGCUUCUAGACAAGGAGGUCAUUCGAGAUGUCUUUUAUAAUCGCUGCGAUCCCAAGGAUGUGGAUGAGGCAGUGGAUCUCCUGGGCUCAUUCCCAACGGGCCCUCUAACUGUGCCUGUGACUUACACGGCCUACCGUGAGAUUCCAACAAUAGAUAAGCAGACAAAUAUUACCAAGUCUAUAUCAUCGACGCAGAUGACCCCUUCCAUGGCACCCUCGCGGCGCCAGUAUUCAAGUUGCGACGCAUGCCGACGAUCGAAACGACGUUGCUGCUUGCUACCUGGCAAAGAUGGAGAGCUUCAUUCAGUUUGCACUAACUGCAAACGCACAGGGUCAGCUUGUACUUUUGAGUUUGCCAUAUCUCACUCACGCGUGGCAAGGCGAAGGAGUCGAAGGCGACAUGCAACAACAACUAAUUUGUCUGGAGACUGCGACGGGUCAACUAGCACCUUGGAAAAUGCGGUUGAUGCAUCCCAUGAAAGUGAAUUACAAGUGUCCCCUGUAGCAAACCAGGAUAUUUUGACGUCUUGGCUUACCAUUGACCUUGAUCAUGCUGUGGAUAACAAUCCCACACCUUUUCUAUACAGCACGGAUUUCCCCAACGUACUUACGGAUACCGCAAGGCCAGCACGACAUCAUGAUGAGAUUGUCACCUCUCUUGUUACACAUCACUCGGACACAAUACAACGUCCUUUUCCGCUUAAUCCUCAGCUUAGUAUUGGAAGCUCGCCUAGCAGUCCUGUCUAUCUUCUUAAUUCUAAAUUGAACGCAACAAUUCUUGAUGGGUGUCUGGCCCGUAUCCAUGAUACCAUCGUUACAGGUUGUGCGUCCAGGUUCAUAGGCUAUGAAUGCAAUCUAUACAAACCUGCAUGUCACUAUCAAUUAGGAGAUGGCGAUGGUGGAAGCCUGCAGGAUCAAAAGCCUCUGCAGGCAGACCCUGUCUCAAAAGAAGAUCUAACCAAGACCCUCACUUCCAUGUCUCAAUCGGACGUGCCUCUGAUCACUCCCGGUCCCUCACCUCGACAACUAGGAACUACAACGCAGAGUACUAGCCACAAGAUGACAAUAAUGGGAGCCGUUCGGUUCCUUGAUCAUUUCAGCGAUCUCUAUGGCAACAGACUUACUGUUCCUGCUCGCAGAAAGUCAGACGCUGUUUUGAAAGCGGUACUCAGAACAUUCUCACUUCAGUGGCUAUCUCCUAACGACUCUUCCAUCGGGGCUCAAUUGACAACCAACUAUAACAAUACGGUUGGCAGAGACGUGCCACGCGAUUUACCGAUCGACGCUUUUUAUGAUAGUUGGUUUCAGGCGCGAUCACUUAUUAAUAGUGCACUUUCUGUUCGAUCCUUCAGAGUUAUAUAUGCCAUGUUAAUGUUCGAUGGUAUCUCUAUUCCAGCGAAGGCGAGCGGUGAGACACCCGUAGCUCAUGAAUUUCUUGAAGCGGGGUUGCAGAAGCUGAAUUGCUUGACUGGGCUUGUUGAGCACUACUACAUGAACCUGGGACAACAGUCUACAUAUGGCGCUAUUAUGGAGGCUAGUCUGAGCGUCGUCCGAUGGUGUGCUCACGUCCGUGAUAUAGGCGCAGCACUCACAGCAAAUCACAUAUGCAAGCUUUCCGAUGCUUCAAGUAAUGACAAAGGUCAAGAGACUUCUUUCAGAUAUGAACCAAUAUCGCCUUGUGCAUUUCAUCAGAGCUUCAAUCAAGACUUCGAUAACAGUGUUCCGGAUAUAUGUCGUACAGCAGUUGCGGAGGCUUUCCGUGUCUGGAAACGAAUAGUUGCAAUAAAAGGCUCGCUUUGUAGCCCGGCCAAAAAUGACAUUGAACUAUGUCCAAAUCUGUCUGUGGACAUUACCUCAACGAUCACGGCAGUUGGUAAAUUCAGGGAAGUGUUUGGCUCUUUCCUGGGCUUCUGUAUAGGAAAUCUUGAACAUCUUUCUAUGCGCUCAAGAUUGUCUUCUGUCUCUAUUUUGAUGUUCUGGAACCUUGGGGUGUUUGUUCUCACGGAGAGUCUGAACCUUCCUAUGAUGGGAAUAAACCCACCUUGCAGUCACAGUGUCUUUUCGAAACUACAAUCAUACAACGAGGAGGCGGCUUUAUCAGUGACACAGAUAGUAGAGUGCGUGCUCUCACUGCCUUUUGAGGAGAUAUUCAACCUCCAGAACGGCGUUAGUGGCGAGGCUUCGGUACUCUCGUACCAUAUCACCCCUACCCUAGUAGCGGCUACCUUUCAAAAAGCUAUUGAGAACAUACUCAAUGUGAAGUUAUAUCCGCCUUACGGUGUGGGCGCACUGGAUGACAGGUCCCUAAACCACCAUGCUGACUCCACCUGGAAACAACAUAUCGACACCAUACUGAAAGGUCUUGUCUCACUUGAUGCUACGAUUGGUGGAUCACAGGCCUCAGGUGUGGCAAUACGAAGUCUAAUGCAAAGUUAUGGGGAUAUUAUAUCAGAGUGUUGGUCUUCUGAUUUCGAGACUUAA